AUAUACCUCUUUACUUCGCCCUUUCUCUAUAGGAAAACGAGAUUCCUGCAAAGAGAUCAAAGACUACUGGAAAUGAGGUCCUGUUUAAUAUGAUUGUAGAAGUGCCUCGUUGGACAAAUGCAAAAAUGGAGAUUGCCACUGAGGAGCCAUUGAAUCCCAUUAAACAAGAUAUAAAGAAAGGCAAGCUUCGAUAUGUGGCAAAUAUCUUUCCUCACAAGGGUUAUAUAUGGAAUUAUGGUGCCCUCCCACAGACCUGGGAAGAUCCAAACCAUACAGAUAACGUUACAGGAUUCUGUGGGGAUAACGAUCCUCUUGACGUUUGUGAAAUAGGUUCAAAGAUUCGUUCUUCUGGUGAGGUUGUUCAGGUGAAGGUUUUGGGUGUUUUAGCUCUUGUUGAUGAAGGAGAGACAGAUUGGAAAAUAAUUGCCAUCAGUGUGGAUGACCCAGAAGCUCAGAAAAUCCAUGAUAUUGAUGAUGUCAAGAAGCACAAACCAGGUUACCUUGAGGCUACAGUUGACUGGUUCCGUUUAUACAAAGUCCCUGAUGGUAAACCGGAAAAUCAGUUCGCUUUUAAUGGAGAAUUUAAAGACAAGGAUUUUGCUGUUGAAAUUAUUAAAUCCACUCAUGAAUACUGGAAAGCUUUGCUUCAUAAAAAAGCUGAUGGAGGUACUAUCAAGUGCACAAAUGUUCUGAUGAGUGGCAGCCCUUUUUGUUGCAGUGAGGAGGAUGCCCGAUCAAUUGUGCAGUCGGCACCAGUGCCUGUGAAUGGAAAUUCUGUUUCCCCAGAAGUUGAUUCCUGGCACUUUUUUCCCAAGUGAUCGUCAAAGUGUUCUGAAGCUGCAUCAUCAAAUGUUGAAGUCAUCCCUUUUUUGAAGACAGGAAAAAGCACUAAUUGUUGAGUUCCUGUUGAAACAACUUUUCAACUCGUGUAAACCUUCUCUCCUGUAAAUAAACACUGACGUUACAAAAUGAA